CAUUAUCUUGUUCAGGAAAAGAAUUCCUACAAAACAUAAAAUUAAUAGAUCAUUAAUCUAAUUAAACAUCUUCUAUCCAUUCUUAUAGGUUUAAAUCCCUGGAAUUGGCAAAUGAAAAUCCGCGUCUCCACAGGGAUUUUCUUGAUCUUUCCGUCUUCUUUUUUCUCUUCUUCUUCUUCCUCUUCCUCUCUUCGCUUCUCUUCCUUCUCUACUUUUCUUUCUGUCUCUCUCCCUUCUCUUUCUCUCUCUCUCUUCUCUGCUUUCCUCUCUCUGGCUCUACGUCUCCUCGUGUCUUACUCCUACUGAUAUGGCGACCACCACCACUAUCGCCGCCACCGACGUCAAUGCCUACGAUUACAUUAUCGUCGGUGGAGGCACCGCAGGCUGCGUUAUUGCCAGUCGGCUGGCCCAGUAUCUGCCCAACAAACGUAUUCUGAUGAUCGAGGCUGGUCCCAGCGAUUUUAUGGAUGAUCGCGUGCUCAAGCUCAAGGAAUGGUUGAGCCUGCUGGGUGGUGAGCUCGACUACGACUAUCCCACCACAGAGCAACCAAUGGGCAACAGCCAUAUCCGUCAUUCGCGUGCCAAAGUCCUGGGUGGAUGCUCCUCGCACAAUACCCUCAUCUCCUUCCGCCCCUUCGAGUAUGACUGCCGCCGCUGGGAGGAGCAGGGUUGCACCGGCUGGUCGUUUGAGACCUUCACCAGGGUCAUCGACAACCUGCGGAACUCCAUCCAGCCCGUCCACAGCCGUCACCGGAACCAGCUGUGUAAGGACUGGGUGCAGGCCUGCUCCACCGCCAUGAACAUCCCCGUCAUCCAUGACUUCAACCACGAGAUCCGCGAAAAGGGCCGUCUCGAGCAGGGCGUCGGCUUCUUCUCCGUCGCCUACAACCCGGACGAUGGCCGCCGCUCCUCUGCCAGCGUCGCCUACAUCCACCCCAUCCUGCGCGGCGACGAGUCUCGCCCGAACCUGACCAUCCUGACCAACGCCUGGGUCUCUCGCGUCAACGUCGACGGCGACGCCGUCACCGGUGUCAACAUCACCCUGCAGUCUGGCGUCCAGCACACCCUCCGUGCCCGCCGGGAGACCAUCCUGUGCGCCGGCGCCGUCGACACCCCGCGCCUGCUGCUGCUGUCCGGCUUGGGCCCGCGCCAGCAGCUGCAGGACCUCGGCAUCCCCCUCGUCCGUGACAUCCCCGGCGUCGGCGAGAAUCUGCUCGACCACCCGGAGAGCAUCAUCAUCUGGGAACUCAACCGCCCCGUCCCCGCCAACCAGACCACCAUGGACUCCGACGCCGGCAUCUUCCUGCGCCGCGAGCUGCCCAACGCCGCCGGCUCCGACGGCCAUGCCGCAGACAUCAUGAUGCACUGCUACCAGAUCCCCUUCUGCCUCAACACCGAACGGCUAGGCUACGACACCCCCACCGACGCCUUCUGCAUGACCCCGAAUAUCCCCCGUCCCCGCUCCCGCGGCCGCAUCUACCUCACCUCCCCGGACCCUACCGUCAAACCAGCCCUGGACUUCCGCUACUUCACCGACCCAGAGGGCUACGACGCCGCCACCAUCGUCGCGGGACUCAAGGCCGCCCGCGAGAUCGCAAAGCAAGCCCCCUUCAAGGACUGGAUCAAACGCGAGGUCGCCCCUGGCCCCGCCGUGAAAACAGACGACCAGCUCUCCGAGUACGGCCGUCGCGUCGCACAUACAGUCUACCACCCGGCCGGAACCACCAAGAUGGGCGAUGUCGCGCGCGACCCGCUCGCCGUCGUCGACCCCUUGCUCAAGAUCCGUGGCCUCAAGGGUGUUCGUAUCGCUGACGCCGGUGUCUUUCCGGAAAUGCCCACUAUUAACCCCAUGGUCACCGUCUUGGCUAUUGGUGAACGCGCUGCCGAGCUGAUUGCCGAAGAGGCAGGCUGGAAACGCGAACAGCCUAGACUGUAGAUGUAAAAGUGAUAUAGAGUAUAUAUUUAUAUAUAUAUAUAUAAAUUCAUUGAUCUGCCU